AGUACGGAUUAGGCAUGGUUUUAUUUUAUCCUAAAAACUGAUAAAAUUGGUAACCGUUCGUCAUUUUGUGUGCCAUUCAUCAAUCAUGUAUUCUAAAAUUGUAUACUCAUUGUUUUUAUGUGUUCACCUAUCUUUGGGUGACACGGAAAUUUGUACAUCACAGACUCCUUGUAAAUGUAUUUUGGACAAGACUGAAACUAUAGAUAUAUCUUCUCUUGGAGCUGUCACAUAUCCACGAUUUCAUAAUCUAGGAGUAGAGAGUUCAAAUGGAUUAUACUCCUAUAAUCCAUGCUUUCCUUUCGAUUCUGCUGAUAAGGAUACCUCAUUGAAAGAAGGAAAUAUAGCAUGCACAAAAUCUGCGGGUUGUGUUAUAAUGCCUGGUGGUAGUGAUGGAGAAUUGCCGGAGUCCCAUUCCAUAGGUUAUCAAGAAACUGCUAAAUUUGGAAAGAAUGCAGAUUCUGACAAUUACAAAAUAACUUAUUCUGUCCCAAACGCAAAGCAGAGUUUGGUUGUAAAUCUUAUCUGUAAUGAUUCUAUUGAAAAUCAUUUAGUAGUUGUUGACCCCGAAAGUGAAGGAAAUUUCAAAAUUGUUAUGAAUCUUACAUCAAAAUGUGCUUGUGUAAAUGGAUGUAAAUCAGCUGAGCCAAAAGCAGAUGCUUCAGGAUUAUCAACAGGAAGCAAACUGCUUAUAGCAUUUUUUACAAUAUUACUUGCUUACCUGAUUGUGGGUAUUGUGUGGAAUUUCUUCAAUGGUGCUCGGGGUAGUGAAGUAAUACCUAAUGCAGAUUUCUGGAAUGAUUUACCAAAACUAAUUCUGGAAGGUGUAUUAUUUACAUGCUCCUGUUGUGGGAAAAGGACAUCCUAUGGAGAAGUAUAAUUUAUUUUCCAACAAACAAAUUUCUUCAUGCAUUCCAUCAUAAUUAUUGUUGAUUAUAUACACAAUUUGUGCCAAAUUAAUUUUGUGCUAAAGUCUGUUUUGUUAAUUUUAUUUAUGUAACUUAUAUGAAUAAUACUUGUAUAUAUGGAAAUAUAUUUUGUUAUAAAAAUAAUUCUGAAAGUUAAGCUUAAUUUAUUAAAGUAAAAUAAGCAGGGUCAGACCUAGUCACCGGGUUACCUGACAUCUGUACUGAUUCCUUCAGAAGGCCAUGUUAGAAUAAAUUUUCCUAUGA